GUCCCACAUGGGCAGCUCCACGGACCUGCGCUUCCCACUGAGCGCUGUGGUCCAUGCCCCCGCCGAGCCCUUCGGGACAGCCCCGGGCCUGCCUCGGGCGCAGAAGGGCCGAUUUGCCACCCGACGGGAGGAGCCAGCCAAGGACUGGGAGCAGGCCCAGGCAGGCAGCGUCCUGGCCACAGGGCCUCACGCCUUCGACAGCGACCCCGAGAUCUCAGAUGUGGAUGAGGAUGACCGUGAAACGCUCUUCAGCUCCAUGGACGUGCUCUCACCCGGUGGGCAUUCAGAUGCCCAGACGUUGGCCAUGAUGCUCCAGGAGCAACUGGAUGCCAUCAACGAGGAGAUCAGGAUGAUCCAAGAGGAGAAGGAGUCCACCGAGCUCCGCGCGGAGGAGCUGGAGACCCGCGUCACGAGCGGCAGCAUGGAGGGCCUCAACCUCACCCAGCUCUGCAAAAGGGCUUCCAUCCCCACCUCGCUGACGGCCCUGUCCCUGGCCAGCUCCUCCCCACCACUCAGCGGCCGCUCCACCCCCAAGCUCUCCUCCCGUAGCGCCGCUCAGGACCUCGACCGCAUGGGGAUCAUGACGUUGUCACCUGCAGCUCGGGAUGAAAGCCGAGAGGAUAAAACCACCAUCAAAUGUGAGACGUCCCCCCCAUCCUCACCCAGGACGUUGCGGCUGGAGAAGCUGGGCCACCCUGCGCUGAGUCAGGAGGAUGGGAAGAGCUCACUGGAGGAGCAGGCCAGCAACCCCAGCAGCAACAGCAGCCAGGACUCCUUGCACAAGGGCUCCAAGAGGAAGGGGAUCAAAUCCUCCAUCGGGCGCUUGUUCGGGAAAAAAGAGAAGGGUCGCUUGAUUCAGCUGAGCAGAGAAGGGGCCACGGGGCAGGUGCUGCUGACAGACAUGGAGGUGGGCAUGCAGGACCCUCUGGGACUUGGCAAGCUGGGUGCUCAGGCCGAGAAGGAUCGGCGGCUGCGGAAGAAGCACGAACUCCUGGAAGAGGCUCGGAGGAAAGGAUUGCCCUUUGCUCACUGGGAUGGUCCCACCGUUGUCUCCUGGCUGGAGCUCUGGGUGGGGAUGCCGGCCUGGUACGUUGCCGCUUGCCGAGCCAACGUGAAGAGUGGAGCCAUCAUGUCGGCCCUGUCUGACACUGAGAUCCAGAGGGAGAUCGGCAUCAGCAAUGCGCUGCAUCGCCUGAAGCUGCGUCUGGCCAUCCAGGAGAUGGUCUCGCUCACGAGCCCCUCGGCACCACCCACCUCACGGACAUCCUCUGGAAAUGUCUGGGUCACCCACGAGGAGAUGGAGAACAUGGCGACUUCCACCAAGACGGACACAGAGGAAGGCAGCUGGGCACAGACACUGGCCUAUGGGGACAUGAACCAUGAGUGGAUUGGUAAUGAGUGGCUGCCCAGCUUGGGUCUCCCGCAGUAUCGCAGCUACUUUAUGGAGUGUCUUGUUGAUGCACGGAUGCUGGACCACCUCACCAAGAAAGACCUCAGAGUGCACUUGAAGAUGGUAGACAGCUUCCACCGCACCAGCCUGCAGUACGGCAUCAUGUGCCUGAAGAGGCUCAACUACGACCGCAAAGAGCUGGAGAGGAGGCGAGAAGAGACCCAACACGAAAUCAAAGACGUGUUGGUGUGGACCAAUGACCAGGUCAUUCACUGGAUCCAAUCCAUCGGUCUUCGCGAGUAUGCAAACAACCUCGUUGAGAGCGGGGUGCACGGGGCGCUCCUGGCCCUCGAUGAAAAUUUCGACCACAACAGUCUGGCACUUGUAUUGCAAAUCCCCACACAGAACACACAGGCUCGACAAGUGCUGGAGCGGGAGUUCAACAACCUGCUCGCCUUGGGCACAGAUCGGAGGCUGGACGAUGGCGAUGACAAGACCUUCCGUCGAACCCCGUCCUGGCGAAAGCGCUUCCGCCCACGAGACGUGCACAGCAUCAACAUGCUCAGUGGCUCAGCCGAGACGCUGCCCGCCGGCUUCCGUGUCACCAGCCUGGUGCCCCUGCCACCUCCAUCUGCCCCUGCCAAGAAAAUGCCCCCGGAAGUUGGUGCCUCUGGGUCACCAAGGCUGGAGACUUCCACGGUCCGGACAUACUCCUGCUGA